UCGCGUUUAGUGCGUCGCGUUUGCUUCACGAGACAACAACGGAGCUGAAUUAGUGGCAAAAAGGCAACGAUUGUUGCACGACUUUCGGUUUCUAUUGGCCAACAACAACAACAAGUUUGCACGCUUGCGUGACGCUGGUGUUUAAACUCUAAAGUGGAAGGGAAGUGCUCCACCGAGACAACUGCAACAACAAACGCACAACGAUAGCAAUACAUAGGUAAAAAGUUUGACAACAAAAAAAAACAGAAACAAAAAUAAAUGUCAGGCUUAAGGAAAUCCACCGCGGCGCUGAUAAGGCGCACCACCUACUCAGCGACGAGGGCGCUGCGGCCCAAUGCACGGGUUGGCGGUGUUGUGGGUGGUGCGGGCAGCGAUGCUGCGGCUGGGGCUGCAUUGCCACACGAUGGCGUUGGCGUGGCAACGGAAAUUGAAAAAUCAAUUGCGUCUGGAGCAUUGCAGCGACAGCUGGAACAACAACAGCAGCAGCAACAACAACAGCAGCAGCAGCAGCAGCAAGAGCAGCAAAAGCAGCGCAUAAAUUCAACAUUGGCCAUCAGUGGCAUAACAACAAAACUGGCACCGACAGCAACAACAACAACAACAGAAGUAGCAACAACAACGACAACAACAACAAAAACUGCAGCAUCGAAUGCGGUGCGUCCGUAUGAGGAGGUGCCCGGUCCGUAUCCAUUGCCAUUGAUUGGCAAUUCCUGGCGCUUUGCGCCGCUAAUUGGCACGUACAAAAUUAGCGACCUGGACAAGGUAAUGCACGAGCUGCAUGUCAACUAUGGCAAAAUGGCCAAAGUGGGCGGACUCAUUGGACAUCCGGAUUUGCUGUUUGUAUUCGAUGGCGACGAAAUACGCAAUAUAUUCAAAAAGGAGGAAGCCAUGCCGCACAGACCCUCGAUGCCAUCGCUGCGGCAUUACAAGGGUGAAUUGCGACGCGACUUCUUUGGCGAUGUGGCCGGUCUAAUUGGCGUGCACGGCCCGAAGUGGGAGGCGUUUCGCCAGGAGGUGCAACACAUACUGCUGCAGCCGCAAACAGCCAAGAAGUAUAUACCCCCCCUCAAUGAGAUUGCCAGCGAGUUUAUGGUGCGCAUAGAUGAGAUGCGCAACGAGCGACAGGAGCUGCCCGAUAACUUUCUGCACGAACUGUACAAAUGGGCACUAGAAUCUGUGGGCCGCGUCUCGUUGGACACUCGAUUGGGCUGCUUGACGCCGGAGGGCAGCGCGGAGGCGCAACAAAUUAUCGAGGCAAUCAAUACGUUCUUCUGGGCGGUGCCAGAACUGGAGCUGCGCAUGCCACUGUGGCGCCUCUAUCCCACAAAAGCCUAUCGCAGUUUUGUACGCGCAUUGGAUCAGUUCUCCGCCAUUUGCAUGAAGAACAUCGGCCACACCAUGGACAAGGCGGACGCAGACCAGGCACAGGCCAUACCCAAAAGCGAGGCGGACAUUUCCAUUGUGGAGCGCAUUGUGCGCAAAACUGGCAAUCGCAAAUUGGCUGCGGUUCUCGCAUUGGAUCUGUUUCUUGUCGGCGUCGAUACGACAUCGGUGGCGGCCUCGUCGACCAUUUAUCAGUUGGCCAAGAAUCCGGAUAAACAGCAGCGUUUGUUCGAGGAGCUGAAACGUGUGUUUCCCACGCAAGAUGCGCAAAUCAAUCAGCAUGUUCUCGAACAGAUGCCGUACAUGCGUGCGUGCGUCAAGGAAACGCUGCGCAUGCGACCGGUUGUCAUUGCGAAUGGACGCAACUUGCAGGCCGAUGCAGUUAUUAAUGGCUACCAUGUGCCAAAAGGCACGCACGUCAUCUUCCCACACUUGGUUGUCUCGAAUGAUCCAACAUAUUUUCCAGAGCCCAAACGAUUUCUGCCCGAACGUUGGCUCAAACAGGGCACAGCUGAGGGCUGCCCACAUGCUGGCCAAAAGAUACAUCCCUUUGUGAGCCUGCCAUUUGGCUACGGGCGUCGCAUGUGCGUGGGUCGCCGAUUUGCCGAAAUCGAGUUGCAUACGCUGCUGGCCAAGAUCUUUCGCAAAUAUCAAGUGUCCUAUGAAUCCGAUGAGUUCAUUUAUCGUGUUAACUCCACGUAUAUACCAGAAUCACCGUUGAAUUUCAAACUGAUGCCACGGAAUGAGUAGCAUUGGAGGCAUGUAGGCUUUGACGUUGCCACAGGAGGCUGUGGCAUACACAGAGGACGGCUCAGUGAUAUUUUUAGCAGUUCGCAGCAAACGUUUGUAUUUUUUUUUUGUUGCUGUUUGCUGCUUGCUGUUGGAUUUCCAGUUGCCGUCACGCGAUUUUUCUUUUUCUUAAUUAAGCAAAUGGACUUGAGAUACAAACGUAUCUGUGAGCUUGGACAGCAGAUAAGCGCACAUUGUGCAUGUAUUUAUCUUGUAUACAACACAUUUUUAGUCAUUAAUUUAGUUUAGUUUUUACUGUACUGUGCAACCAAAAGUCGUAGCUAAUAAAGAGCCAAGAA